AUGACAAGUGUGGACGAGGAUCUUCUUCUCAACGACCCGGUGACAACAGAAUUCGACCAUUCGGGGACGAUCGAUGAGGAUCUCCUUCUGGGCGCCGGCGACAUCAUCAUCCGCAAGGAGACUCACGACUCCAUCGACGACGCGGCGCUGCUUUUGGACUCUGUUGAGCCUGCUUCGGAACAAGAUCCCGAGCGAGCUCCAGAGAAUAAUGAUGGUGAACAAAAUGACGUCCUCGUGGAAGAAGACGAUGAUGAUGACGUGGCAGCGGUUGUAGAGAGUGACAAGGAAGAGUUGGACUACGAUGAAGAGGAAGAGGACGAAGAUCAGAAAAGAGAACGGACUAGCCGAUAUACUUCAGAACGAAACGGAGGGAAUCGAGUGAAUUCAGAUGAUAGUGAUGAGCAAAAGAAGGAGAAUAAGGAGAAGAGCAAAAAGCCAGCGAUUCCAUCACUUUUCGACAAAACGAUCACGAAUAAUCCAUUGAAAAGUGGCGAUCAACCGAUUGGAGUCGUUCUUAGAAUUGAAGGAGAACCCGAGCGAAUCUUCUAUCCACCACCAUCGUUUAUGGCCAAUAUGGUACAACAACCCAUAGUCCCACGUCUUCCAAAUGGAAUACCUCUUGUUGGAGUGCCUGCGAACCACGGACGUGCUGGAUUUGGAACCGGAUAUCAACAACAAGGAAGAAUGUCUGGAGGAGGUGGAAUGGUAGGAGCCUCCAGUAAUCCAGGUCAAUGGGAAAAUGAUGUGGUGCAGUUCUUGAAUCAGUCAUCCUCACGUGGAAGAGCUACCAAGAAAAGAAGAAGUUCCUCGUACUCAAGUGCUUCCAGUUAUUCAAGUGGUAGCAGAUCGAGAUCCAGAAGCUCGUCGAGAGAUAGAAGACGUGAUGAGAAAAGAAGGAGAAGAAAUCAUCGAGAAGUCAGCAGAAGAGACUAUGGAAGAAGAGAGGAUAGAAGGGAUGAUAGAAGACGUCACGAUGAUCGUAGAACGAAGGAUAGAGAUUCUUACAGGGAUACCAAAGAUUCAAGAGACUCGGAAAGAGAAUCCAGACGCAGAAAGGAGCAAUCCAGAGCAUCUACAAUGGAAUCUGCUAAAGCUUUGGGGCUUUCCAGUGAUUACAUCAAUCAAAUGAAUGAGCAGAAAAGGAAAAGAGAAGAAAUUGUAAGAAAGAAAGAGGAAAGAAGACAUGGUCCAUCUUCUGAUAAAAAAGAGAAUUCCACUACUGGUCCACCUUCAUCAGCCCCAAAGGAAAAACCAAAGGCAUAUUUGGCAGUGAAUGUUAGUGGAGUUCAACAGCUUCCAACUGCUGUAAAGAAGAUUGAAGCGGUGGCCGUUGAGAUGGGACCAAUUAAAAAGUGCUGGAGAUCUGCUGACGAUGUUGUGUCGAUCAUUUUCAAUGCGCACGAUAAGGCCAAGGAUUUUAUGAUCAAAUAUAAUGGAAAAGUGCUGUCUGGUCUCCGAAUAAUCGUCUCUCUGGAAAAGAAGUUCCUCAAUUUGAACGAAAUUAAUUGA